CAUUAGGUACCUUCAAAGGGGUAUUCCAACAACCCCUUUUACACAGACCUCGCACCAGCCCACGAUUGUGGUUAUCCUGGGCCAAGAAGAUGAUAGCACUCUUGACAGCAGUGUGCCACGCUGUUUAUACCUUACUUAACCCCAACCCUAUCCACUGGACCCUCUGACUCUCCUCUGGGUGGACAAACUUCAACGUCGGGCCUCCAUCUCCUCCCAAGACGUGGGGCCAGCAACCCCGCACUCCUGUCCAUGUUCUUGACCUCCCCGAAACCCGUAAUAUCCCCCUGGUUUAGUCUGUUCGCGCUCGGCACAAAUUGCUCCCCUUGAGAAAACCCCCCAUAACAACCGCACCAAUGUCUUCCCACGUCCCCGAGGUGCUGAUGAAAAAGGUAGACGAUUAUGUUGACUCGCUGGCGCCGCAAAUCCAACCUCGCAUCGCCCAAGAACUGGACGUUUUUCAACAGAAGACCAUCGACAGCCUAGAGGGACAGGUAGUCGAUGCCUUUCGUUCGCUUUUCAACAAGGACCAAGCUGCGACAGGUGGUCAUGCAGGCAACUCGAGGGGCCUAAACGACCGAGUCCCAGAUGCAUACGGCGGCGAAUCGUUACCCUUUGCCGACGAGAUCGCCGACCUGACACGCAGUUUCACCAAGAUUGCCGGUGGAGCGGGAGACGACCUACGCGACAUUUUCGACCUCACCGAAAACCGAGAAGCUCCGCGCGAAACACGUUCCCGUGGGUCCGAACCGACCGAUAACUUGAACGUCAAGGGUUUCCUCUCAGCCGCCGUCAACGCCGUUCAGGACCACCUUGAAGUCAACAAAGGCUCAGAACGGCAGAGUUUCCAGCUAGACGGACUGCUUGGCGUCCUCAGCAACACCGUGAAGGACGCCGCGCGCAACCCGGAAGAAAAAGCCCGCCUGAUUAGCCCUGAGAUCAAAGACAAAGUCGGCGCGAAGCUCCGAGAGCAACAUACCCCUAUCGCGGAGCAAUUCACUCGGAUUGCUCUCGAUCAUAUCAAACGUUGGCUGCGUGGCAACACAAGUACACGGGAUCUCGGUGACGGCGUCAAGGGAGAGAUUGAAGACCAAGUGAAAGACCUUGUCAAGGGACUCGGAGGCCUAUUUGGACACAAGAAGAAUCCGAGCCAAGGAACUUCCAGGGGUCUCGAGGACCAAGAUCGCGACGGUGGGGAAAAAGAGAGCGGUGGCGGUUUCUCCAAGGUCAUCAGCGAGAAGCUCAGCACCGGGCUUGCGAGAGUGCACAGGGAAGUGCGCCUCGAGUUUCGAAAGCUGUUGGGCGGAAUCGAGAAGCAGCUUUUCGAGUUGCUGCCCGACCAGUUCCAACGGCCCCUCGAAAAGAUCCUCGGUGGCAAUCCCUUUGAUUCGCAGCUCGACCGCGAUGCCGAGCCCCAAGCCAACCGUGGGUUUGGUGACGACAUCAAGGCCAAGCUCGUGGACAAGAUCCGAGGUCUCGUGCGAAAGGUGCAGGAGACCCUGCGCGAGAGCAUCUUGGGUGUCGUGAACGGCGGACACCGCAAGUUCGAGCGUGAAAGCUGGGUCUUCGUGCAGAAUAUGGUGGAGCAAAAGGUUCAGAAAUACCUACCCAAGGUCAAGAUAUCCGUCCCGGAUGAUAUCGGCAACGAAGGAGUGAGCGUAGGAACACCGAGCUCCGGCAUCCAGCUCGGAGGUGGCCACCAGGUUACACCUCACCACCCCCCUCCUCCCCAUGGCGGCCACCCCCCUCCUCCCCAUGGCGGCUACCCACCGCCUCCUCCUCCGUCUCACCACCAGGAAUACAACUCUGCACCGCAGCAAGAUUACCGACCUCAAAGUUACCAACCCCAGCAAGAAUACCAACCAAGCCAUUACCAACCGCACCCGCAACAUCAUCCUCAACCGCAUCAAGCGGAUCACCACGCUCAGGGUUACCAAGAGCCCCAGCCCCAUCAGCAAAGCCAACAGUAUGGCCAGAACCCCGCAUAUUGAACGCCGAGCCAGGUGAGCCAAGGCCAUUGACGCAAUGGUUCAACAACCUUGCACCGGAAGUGCACCGUCAGGGCGGGAAACCAGAGGACAGGCAAUGUUGGCGCUCUUGGCAGUUGGCGCCACUGUCUCACGUUCGGUUCAAUGCAAUACAAUACAACAUUCCAUGCCUACCUACCUUAUCAUUCACAAUUGAAAAGUCGCCACCAGUUUUACUUGAACACCUACAUUGUGUAGCGGUCAUUCAAUCCCAGCGUGUUUCUCCGGUUG